AUGAGAAGACACAGCAGAGGGAGCGGAGCUGCUGUUGUCAGCAAGUCCGUCGCGAGGGGCUCCGAUCCGAUGUCCCUCAUACGCAGGUUCGAGUCAGAGACAAACCCUUCUCGGCCAGUACGUCAGUGUCCCCUGGCCUCGUCGCAAAUACAAGAUUCUUACCCGGGUUUCCGGAAAGUAGAGCAGGCGAUCAGAGAGGAAGCUGAGGGAGAAGACAUAAUACGGCAGGGUUCGCAGGGAUGCGAAAUAUAUUUUAUCGUACGAGGAGAAGUGGAGGUUCUAGAUGAGCACCCUGAUGGGCGCGAAGCGCGUCGAGGAACGGAUGCUGAGGGUCAGCGUGAAGUCCAGGUCAAAGCUCGACUAAAAGCUGGACAGUAUUUUGGGGAAGUCGUGAGCCUAUCACUAGCUCCCCGUAGAACUGCUACUGUUCGCACGGUCACGUCCGUUGAAUGUUUAAUGAUAAGUGGGGAGAUACUUUCGGAAUUUUGGGAUCGAUGUCCUACAGGUAUCCGGGAACAAAUCGAAAACACAGCUAGGGAACGAUUGAUCACAGCAACAGAUGAUGACGUCGAGAUGGAGGAUAUUGCUUCUAAUUCAGUACCUCCAAUGGAUGAACUUGCAAUAAAGGAAAAUUUCCAUGGGUCUGUAAGGAGGCAGUCAAUGCCGCUGCUCACGCUCACCGAGACAGAACUCGACAGUCCGCACAAACAAACACGAAUAGAGGAUCGACCUAUCCUAGGACCCUCUGAUCCCGACCCUUUCCUAAUUGUCGGCUUGGAUAAUGUGCGAUCUAAGUCGCGACGUGGAUCUCUUGCUCCAAUCAUGCCUGAUGGAGCAUCCUCUUCGCAAGAUCAACGACAGCAGUCUCCAGGCGUUGGCAAAUACUUGCGGGGGAAAUCUCAGAUCAUUAAAGAUGAAAAGUCCAGUGGAACGGUUGUUGGAUGCCCCUAUCUUAAACGAUUAGCGCUCUCAUAUUGCAAGCACGUUACAGAUAAUUCCAUGCUCCAUAUAGCAUCCCACGCAGCACCACGCCUUGAAGAGGUUGAUCUCACAAGAUGCACGACAAUAACUGACAAAGGCUUUCAGUUCUGGGGAAAUGCGCAAUUCGUUCGACUGCGUAAACUUUGCUUGGCGGACUGCACCUACCUAACCGAUAAUGCUAUCGUGUACCUAACCAACGCAGCGAAAGGACUACAGGAGCUUGACUUGUCCUUCUGCUGUGCUCUUUCAGAUACAGCCACAGAGGUGUUAGCCCUAGGCUGCCCACAACUGACGCAUCUAAACUUAUCAUUCUGUGGAUUGGCGGUUUCGGAUCUUUCCCUGCGCUCUAUCGGAUUGCAUCUUCUGCUUCUGGAAGAGCUUUCGGUCCGCGGAUGCGUUCGGGUUACCGGCAUGGGUGUUGAAUCCGUCGUCGAGGGAUGUAAUUUACUUCGUGUUUUUGAUGUUAGCCAGUGCAAAAACCUUACUCCAUGGCUAGAGUAUGGCUUGCACAGGAAGUAUGGAGAUAAGAUACGGUAUGAAACAGUUUUCCAGAAUGGGAAACUAGUUCGAUGA